AUGCGCGCUACCUCCGCUGUCCUCGCUCUCGCCGCCGCUACUGGUGCGCUCGCCCAGAUCCCCGCUGGCGUGACUUCUGCCCUUGGCAAGCUCUCUCCCAGCUGCCAGCAGACCGUCCUGUCAAUGGCCCUCGGCUCCGAGCUCUCUCAAUGUCUCCACGUCAAUGAGCUUGUUCCUGUCAUCAUGUCGGCCAUCUCCCCCAAUGCCUCCUUCCUCCCCGUCAUGGACAAGAUCACCUCGAUCGAGUGCGGCCAGUCUGGUUGCUCCAACGCAACCCUCAUCUCGGCUGCCCAGCAGAUUGGUGUAGGAUGCGCCACCGACCUCCAGCAGUACAACAUCACCAACGGUACCCUCCGGACCAUCAUGGCUCAGUACCCCCUCGCCCGCGAGGUUGUCUGCCUGCAGACCCGCACACCGUUCAACGGCACCAACGCCCCCAUCCCCCUCACCAACCCCCCUUACAACAUCACCAACGGUACCGCCUACUGCACCACCUCCCUCCUCACCCAGCUCUCCGCCAAGGUUGGUCAGAACAUCUCCGUCCCCCUCUUCAUGGACCUCUACUCGUCGUACCAGAACGGAACCCUCGGUAACUACGCCAAGCUCUUCAACGCCACCGACCUCUGCAACGACUGCAUCUUUGGCGCCGCGGACCUCAUCGGCGUAGCGUACCCCGGUGUCGGAAACGUCACCCUCUCGUCGGUCGGCCUGAAGAACGUCACCCUCAACUCGGUUUCUGUUUCCAACGUCACCAUCGCUCAGGCGCUCAACACCACCUGCGCCGGUCAGGGCUACGCCUGGACCUACAACGGUACCCUCCCCUCUACCAUCCGCCUCGGUGCCUACAACUCUACCACCUCGUUCAACAUCACCGCCGGUGCCAUCACCACUGUCGGCAAGAACUCCUCUACCCCCAUCCGCCGCAAUGUUGCCAACAUCAAGGCUCGGUGGAUCGGCGAGCAGUAA